CUUUCAGAUGGUCCUAGAUUUUGCGGCUUCUCAGGGGGCUGCAAUUGGUGCGUGCCGAUCAUGCUACUGCUACUGCUGCAGGGGAAUGCAUGCGGAAAGACUUGAAAGAAGACCACCUGCAACUGCACAACUGCAACUUUAUUCUCGCUCCUGAUCUGAACAUCUGGGCAAGGCCGCAAUGGACUCCUACCACCUUGACUACAUGUCUUUGGCCAUGCGGAAAUUUUCUGAUCGUACGCUGCUGGCCAUCUUCAUCUGGCUUGUCAUUGCCAACUGCUCCUUGGCUCAAGACAGGUGCCGACAAAUUGCUAUGCGGGCCACCAAGACCUUUCAAUCCCCAUAUUGCGGCACAGAUGCAGAUAGGGCCAAAUUCUGUGCGCAAGGAUGCAGCCGUCGCAUUGCUGAUUACAUUUACGGCCAAGCGAGGACCCCAGCAGAUGUAUGCUCCUUCGUCAAUCCCGCGUUCGAGUGGGACCUCCGUUUUCAAAAUAUCCACUCGAUGGACGCGCUGCCCAGCAAUCUGGGAAUCUCAGAUGAAGGGUGUUCACAAUCAACUAGUAUUGUGUGCAUGUGUGUGGUGGAUGUGAUGCUGCAGCGUACAGCAGUAGAUGGUCAAGUGCUUCAGCAACCUGGAUGGGACGUUCUCUUACAGGCAGCAAUGGCCAAUGACCCGUGGUUGUGCUCUCCUGACAGGAUUGCAAUUCGCAUGAUACCAAUUCAAUUUGCAGGUCAACCUUGGUACAGGAGAGUAGUGCAACAGGAAGCAGCUGAACCGGGAGGUCGAUCAGAUGAGGGCCUCUGGUUACUAUAUCCGCAUGUUCCAGAGAGGGCUUAUGAACAAAUCAACUGCGGUGCCGAGUUUUCCAGCGCAUUUGCAGACCUCAUUCAGGCUGAUUCUGGCAGCUGCACAAUCAAACGUCCUGACUCGAACAAUGGAGCCCGUGGUACCCUUGGCAUCAAGUGUUUUGAUGGACCAGGUAUGAAUGACCUUGUCGAACGGCUCCAAAUGCUUUACGGAGCAGAUCCAGCCACAGCACCUGCACAAGGAAUGAGCUUUAUCCAUGUUCGAGAUCGAUAUGCACGGAUAGCUGGAGAAGUCUACCUUGAAAUUGGCCUUGGUCAGGACCUUGCCUUCGUGGAAGGACAGCAGAUGGGCAACUACAUGGCGGGUUAUUCGGUCCUUGCGCCGGAAGUUCUUGCAUAUUUUGAACAACCCUAUAGGUAGUAGCUGAAAACAUCGUAGUUUCAUAAACUAAAACUUGACAACACCCACAACAAAAUUACUACCUACAUUUAAUCACAUCAAUGCCUCAGAGUGAAAGUGUUUGUAAUGAUGAGAGCCACCUAAGAUAUAGACAGAAAUAAGAGUAUGCAAUCACUUGGCGGCAAGGGUCAGCUUUGCCCUUGCCAUAGUCAAGCCGUGUGUGCUCACUAC